AUGGUUUGCACAAUACUAUGUAUUGGAAUGGCUGGUUCGGGAAAGACCACUUUUAUGCAAAGACUGAAUUCUCAUUUGCAUUCUAAGAAUAGCCCUCCUUACGUGAUCAACCUAGAUCCAGCAGUUCUUAAGGUUCCUUUCGGUGCCAAUAUUGAUAUCAGAGACAGUGUCAACUAUAAAAAGGUAAUGCACGAAUACAACCUAGGUCCGAACGGGGCUAUUGUCACAUCACUGAACUUAUUUUCCACAAAAAUUGAUCAAGUUAUAAAGUUGGUUGAGAAACGGUCUGACAAAUUUCAACAUUGUAUCGUAGACACUCCAGGACAGAUUGAAUGCUUUGUGUGGUCAGCCUCAGGUGCCAUCAUAACCGAAGCUUUUGCCUCUACUUUUCCCACAGUGAUUGCAUAUAUCAUUGAUACUCCAAGAAACACAUCUCCAACUACGUUCAUGUCUAACAUGCUAUAUGCCUGUAGUAUUCUUUACAAGACUAAAUUACCCAUGAUAAUCGUCUUCAACAAGACGGAUGUCAAAAAGAGUGACUUUGCAGAAGAAUGGAUGACUGACUUUGAGGCUUUUCAGGAAGCCUUAGCUUCCGAUCAAGAGUUGAACGAUGAAUCUCAAGGGUCGGGAUAUAUGAGCAGCUUGGUUAAUAGCAUGUCCCUCAUGCUGGAAGAAUUCUAUUCGACGUUGGAUGUUGCCAGUGUGUCAUCAUAUACUGGUACCGGAUUUGACGACUUUUUGGAAACUAUUGACAAAAAGGUUGAUGAAUACAAUGAAUUUUACAAGACUGAACGAGAUAAUAUAUUGAAAGAAAAGGAGAAGCAAGAUGCUUUAAAGAAGGAAAAGAGUCUGAAUCAUUUGAUGAAGGACCUAGGUUUGAGCAAAGACAAGAAAAACAGUAAUAAAGAAGAAGUCGAGGUUGUUUCGGACCUUGAAGAUGAACUAGAAGUUGGAGAGGAUGACGAGGCCGAAGGGUUGCAAGAACCAGAUAGAGAGUACACAUUUGCGGAAGACAGAAAUGGUGAUUUCCUGGAUGAAGAUAUUCAAAAAAGAUACCAAGAUGCUUUGGAUGCUACGUCAAAGACCUCAUCUAGUGCAACUGCGGAGAACAUUGCGAAGUAUAUUAGAGGAAGUCAAGGAUAA